UUGAUUUGUACCACCCCUACUGUUAACUCACACAGCACAGUUCUGUUAAUUAUUGGAAAGUUUUUUAAUGGAACAAAUUUAAUUAAAUUACAAAAGUUGUUUACCCGCUGCGGCACUUGGACACCCAGAAAGUAAAACAAAGCAGUGCUCGGGGACAGCAAUUGAAUAGUACCAGAAUCCGGGACAUCGGAGGCAGCGAGCCGCGACAAAGAAGUGCACAAAGAGAGAUAGCCAGUGCAAAACCCGUUUCUUCCAACCGAUAAAAGGGGCGUCUAUAGCUCUGCCGAUCCGGAGCCCCUGGCAUUGCACCACUAUGAUGGUUGAGUCCGAUGGAACCGCCGACGCCACCCGCCGCCUAAACGUGAAGAAGCAAACACUGGACGAUGCGUACGCCGUGCCCGCCAACUUCCUGGAGAUCGACGUGGUCAAUCCGCUGACCACCAUGGCGGCGGGCAAGAAGCGCUACACGGACUACGAGGUCCGGAUGCGGACCAAUCUGCCCGUCUUUAAGGUAAAGGAGUCCAGUGUCAGGCGACGCUACAGCGACUUUGAGUGGCUGCGAAACGAGCUGGAGCGGGAUAGCAAGAUUGUGGUGCCACCACUCCCAGGAAAGGCAUGGAAGCGGCAGAUGCCCUUCCGCGGCGACGAGGGCAUCUUUGACGAAAGCUUCAUCGAGGAGCGGCGCAAGGGACUGGAGGCCUUCAUCAACAAGAUAGCCGGACAUCCGCUGGCGCAGAACGAGCGCUGCCUGCAUAUGUUCCUGCAGGAGAAUGUCAUAGAUAAGAACUACGUGCCCGGCAAGAUUCGGAACACAUAAGCAGCUUAGUCCGGCGCAAUCGAAACCCCCUAACCAUAGCAAUGCAAUGAAGCAAAAACUCGAACGAACAAACCUGCUACGAAAUCUUUAUGGGAAGCCGUGUGAAUGUGUGUGCUUGCCCGGAUUGGAGGAGGAUGGAGCAGAUGAGCGAUGAUGUAGGUUGGUGGAGAAGGGAUCUGUUAUGCGACGCGAUACGAGGCGGGAAGUGCUGCUGCUCAGUUAAUGUUGAGCCCCUCUCAGCCCCCGGGGAUUAGUUAAAAACCAGCAUUGGGAAUUUUUAAUGCUAAAUUCAAGUUUAUAUGGUAUACAUAACAAUAUACAUACACAUAUAUAUAUAUUAUACACAAUACACAUAUUUACGAAUAGUGUACAUAAGACAUGCCUACUACGCCCUCGCUAAAUGAGUCUCGAAAGUAGGAGCUGCCCCUCCCAUUUUCCCGAUCCUCAGUUUCUUCGUUUUGAACCAUUGCAGCGGUAAUGAAGCAGCAAAUAAAAUAAGGGAGCCAUCCUGACCCCAAAAUCGAUCCCUUGUAAGUGUAUGCAAAUUAUUGAAUAUUUUGAAACAGUUUAGUGAAUAAUAUUGUACUUCGAAUCAAAUUAAAAUAAUUCAAAAAUAUUGAACUGCUGAUAUUAUUUGAAUGUGCUUGAAAAUGAUGCGCAACUGAAGAUUAAGUUGAGUUUUGUAUAAAAUAUUAGCCUUUUUCCUAGCCAAUUCUGCGGGAUGGAAGUUUGUUCUUCAACUGGUCGAUGUUGAAUCUAUGUAGUUCCCAUCAUAUAAACCAGGCGAGGAUUAAUAACAAUAUGAUGAAACAGGAAACUUCGAUUGAAUGCAAGGAUAAUUACAGUUGGGUGGGUAGGUGGAUCAAAAAUUGUAAACGAUAAAUGGAUAUUUUAUUAUUCUAAAUAUUAUAUAUCAUCACAAACAAAAGUCUCAGUUGAAAUAAAGGUAUAGGUUUCGCGCGCUGCAAAUCUAGACUAGUGAUGUGCUGCCACCUAUCGACAGCAAAAUGCCAAUUUGACCAUUGUAAAGUUAAAAUUUUAUA